CGCGCCAUAUCAAAUACAAGAGAAAAGGACAAUUAUCCUACCCAACACCUCUCCUUCAAUAUCAAAAACCCCUCCUAAUUCCUUCCUAAUGCCCUCAACCACAAUAAAGAUGCUUAAGAACAUAUUUACAUCCCAUGGGGGCUGUGGUUGUGGUAGGCCAAAGCCUAAAGAAGUGUUCCAACCAAAAUCGAAAUCGAAACCAGAACCGAAACCAGAUGUCGAAGCAAAAACUAGUUAUCAUCAUCCUUGCCACUUCUCUUCUUCAAGUUCUUGGGAAAGAGGUGUUGGAACAUACUCCAUUGACAACGAUGAUGAUCAGACUUCCACCUCACAUUCAUUCAACAAUGUUAGUACUGAUACUACUACAUCCACGAAGUGUUCGGAACGUGGUCAUCAAAUAAACCACGAUCCUAACAGUUGCUCGGUGGCGGAACCAGCUUUUGGGACAGGGGGUCAAUUCCCCAAAUUUGGAGAUAGUGUAGCAGUUCUCAAGGAUUCCGACGACCCUUAUCAAGAUUUCCGGCAAUCAAUGCUUCAAAUGAUUUUGGAGAAAGAAAUCUACACCAAAGAUGAUCUUCAAGAGCUUCUCAACUGCUUUCUUGAACUCAACUCAUCCUCUCACCAUAAGGUCAUUGUUCAAGCUUUCAUGGACAUAUGGAAUGGAGUCAUUCGUCUCAAAGAAGCCCAAAAUGCACAAGAAUCAUCAUGAUCAAUAAUAUCAAAUUCACUGCCUGAAAGUCUGGCAUAUAUAUUCAUAGAAUCUUUCGAUGCUGAGAAGGUAUUAUUGUUGGUCUAAUAGCAUAACUUCAUCAUAUUGAAAGAAGAGAGGUAAGAACUUUAAUGAGGUUGUGAUUUUUAUUAUUCUUAUUAUUUUUUUUGUGAAUUAUGUAAUGGAUUUUUUUCUUUUUUAAUUUGUAGAUAAGAUGGAAUAGAAGUUAUAUAUGCACUUAUAUUCAGUUUACAUUUCUUCUUCAAUGUCAAAUUUACUCUUUUGUUGCUCACUAGACCACUAGAGUUAUAGUUUCUUUCUCUUUAUCCUAAAAUCAUUUAGCUAGUUGACAAUAAUUCUAAGACGAAGAUAAUACCAAAAGUUUUGAAUUUCUUACUAAAUAACUACAUGUGGUAGGGUAGUGGUUGGCUAUAUAUCAUUGUUCUCCAUUAAUUUAUGC